AUGCCGUUUGUUUUUCCAGACACCACUGUUAGUAAAGAUUAUUUUACCGACAACAAUGCAUCCGGCGGUGAAGGUGGUUCUCCGUUUGACUUUGUUAAAUUGGACAAAGGAGCUGUAUUGAAAAAAAUAAAAGCAUGGAAAGAUAAUUGGCUUAUUUCGGGUGUUGAGGUUUGGAUGAGCGAUGGAAGCAACAAGUUAGUUGGCAAGCGUGGGGGCCCGUCCGGUGAAUUCACUUUCCGAGAUGGGGAACUGAUAAAAAAGCUCAAUGUCCAAGCCAGUGCACCGUACUCUUCGGUGUUAAAACGUCGGCGAUUGGGUGCGAUUUGGCUAGAAACUGACAAAGAAAGAUCCUGGGGAAUAUAUGCUCACAGUCUAACGGAGGACGGUUCUUAUUGGCCAGACGUGGGUUCCGGUAUUUGCUGUGGAAUUUUUGGGUCCGCAGGCGAUGCUGUUGACCGUUUGGGGUUUGCGAUGCUUCAACCAAUUUCGCGAGCGGUUUUGACGGACGUGAAAUAUCCUAAUUUAGAUAUGGAGAUUGUUGCAAGCACGCCAACAACUGUUGCCCACCAGGUAUUUAGUAACGGCACAGAUCUUGAUCAGACGUUCGAGCUGAGCGGAUCCAGGAGCGUGACAAUAACAAGAGAAUGGAGCCUGACAACGUCUCUUUCAAUGACCAUUAGCGUAGAGGUGACCGCCGGAAUACCGGAAGUUGUUUCUGCCAAGACAGGGUUCAGCUGGACCGUGUCCUCAUUGGCCACACACUCAGUGUCAACAUCCAAUACGGAAACCAAGACCUGGAGGUGGCCGCUUGUAUGUCCACCGCAUAGUAGAAUUCUUGGGGAAGCCACAAUGUACGCAGACGACAUUGACACCGAGUACGAGGCCGAUAUGGAGCUUCAAUUGAAAAAUGGGAAAACCUAUCGCUACCAUGUGAACGGCGUUUACAACGGCCUGAAUGCCCGAUCCGGCAACGUCAAACUUGACAACUUGGGGCCAUAUACAGGCAAUUAG